AUGCCAUACUUCCCGCCCGGCUCCCGCACACAAGAGCUCGACCCGGCCGACCCGCUUCUCCGUGAGCUCACUGUCCGCAAACUCUCAUUUGCUUCGGUGCCCGGGAGUCCUCGUCUGGAUGGCCUUCUCCUCACGCCUUCAUCACUUGGCUCGAAGCCCCCAGAUGGAUUAAUUUACUAUCUCCAAGGUAAUGCGGGCAACACGCUUGCACGGCUUCCAGUCUUUCGCGAAUUGCUACUCCCGCCAUCGACCGCCAACUCGCCCAAGCUAGGGCUGUUUGCGCUCUCGCCACGGGGAUACUGGACUUCAGGGGGGCCAUUUCCGUUCCCGUUCACUGCGCUAUCGGUGCCGGGACACAGACAUAGCGAGGCGGGGAUCAUAAGGGAUUAUUUGCGGGUGUUGAGGGAGUUGGGUGAUCGAACGGGCCUGGGUGAUGUACCAGUGUGGCUGCACGGUCACUCGCUUGGCGGGGCGGCAGCCGCACAGCUCCUGGCGAGGAUGUGCUCGGACAAGGACGCCGUCGGGACAGGUCGGGCGGCUGGACUGAUCCUCGAGAACCCACUCCCAUCAAUCCCUCAAAUGGUUCAGGUACUCUACCCUUCGAAGUGGCUCCCAUAUCACUAUCUCGGUCGGUUCGCUCGUGAUCGUUGGCUCUCUGCUUCGGCCCUCCAAGCUAUUCCCCCUGACUUACCCCUCCUCUUCAUCCAAAGUGAACACGACGAACUCGUCCCGCCUUCCCUCACUCGACAACUCUAUAACCUUACCCUUAGCAAACGCCUCUUAGAUUCUCCAUCCUCUGAUCCUCUUGUUCAUUACUCUGUUAUCCCCCACGCUUUGCAUGACUCUGCUUUCUCUAAACCUCGCUAUCGACUCUCAAUCCAUCAAUUCAUCACUAGCACAAUGCCUUCCAACAAGUGA